UAUGACCACAGGCCAGAUACUGAAAGACAUUAUUUGCUGGCCAAGACCUGCAUGCCCACCAGUAGUUCGAUUGCAAACAAAAUGGUCAGAAGAGUAUGGUAUGCCAUCUACUCAUGCCAUGAUUGGUGUAUCAAUUCCUUUCAGUGUAGUAUUAUUUACAAUGAAUAGAUAUAUUUAUCCUUUUUCUAUUGGGUGGAUGAUUGCUUUUCUUUGGUGUACGCUUGUGUGUAUGAGCAGGCUUUAUUUGGGCAUGCACACAGUGUUAGACAUUCUUGCAGGCUUAAUAUUAGCUAUUGCAUUAAUGGUUCCGCUGAUACCCUUGGUGGACAUGACAGAUUAUUAUUUUGUCUCCAAUAUUUGGGCUUUAGCAAUUCUAUUUGCUACUGGCAUACUUGUUGUAAUCUAUCAUCCUAGAAGUAACAGGUGGACACCGACCAGAGGUGACACGAGUAUGGUAGUGUCUGUCGCCACCGGAGUUCAUGUAGGGGUAUGGUUGAAUUAUAAGACUGGUGUAAUGAUAACUCCCACGCACACACCACCAUAUCAUAUUCUAUGGCCUUCAAAUGCAAUGCUUGGUUGCUUGAUACUUAGAACAAUACUUGGAUUUUGCAGCAUUCUUGCAACAAGAGUUGUGUGCAAAUCUCUUAGUUAUGGGACAUUGUGUGCCAUAUUAAAAGUCAAUGCCAAGGACCUUAUGAAGAGUGAAAAUUCAUUGGAAAAUAAGAGUAAGGUUCUUGUUGAUCUAGUCUCUAAAUAUCUAACUUGUUUUAUGAUAGGUGUAAAUACAGUAUGUCUCAUACCAAACGUUUUUACAAUGAUUGGAAUAGAGAGGCCAACGUUUUACACAGAGAUAUGAAAAUAAUCAAAAUGGUAUACUGGAUAUUUUAAAUUUAUGCAAACUAUGAAAUGCAAUUAUCAUCAUCACAUGUUUUACAUUCCAAUACCAAUGCUUGUGAUAUUGUUCUUAUGUACAGAAAGCAAUUGUAUAUAAUCUGACAAUUUGUUUUUACAGCAUAUUUGUUGGAUAUUCUAUAAUAUUCCUUAUACAAAGCAUAAGUUGUGUUCCCCAUAAUUGUUAACUAGGAUCAAUUCAGAGUUUGUAUUGUUUGUAUACAGAUUUUCAUUCGACUUCAUAAGCCUAAUAAUAAUCGUGCUCAUUAAAGUUUUAUUGUUCAAAAAAAAAAAGGAAGAAAUAGUAAAAACCAAAAGAUAUUACUUCUUUUUGUUUCGAAAUAUAAAUAAUGUUACAAUAAAACUAUUUACAAGAUUGAUCUCUAUUUAUUAUUUAUUUAAUACUGUUUGCAGCACUUUGAACAGGCAUAUCCAGUCUGAGUACCUAAAAAUAUUAUUCCUUUUAACAUACAGUAUAUUUUACAGUCAGUAGUUAUCUUUACCUUGAGAUCUUUGUCUAGACGACAUUUUACGCUAGCUACAUUUAUAUUGUAGGAAACUGAUAGAUCAUGUGUAAGUCCAGUUUUAUCGACUGUAAUUACAAUACGAUCUUCGUCUAGUAGUACCUCCACAUCUUCGCCAUUAAUCUACGAAAAAAUAAGAAAAAAAAACCGUUACUUUAUGAUGUAAAUGGUGGAUGAAAUUCUUGUCAUCUUACCCCUUUAGGCAUUUCAAAUAAGCCAAUCAAAUUUGUUGCUGGUCCUUCUAUAGGUUGUUUCAAUAAUGUAUAUUUUAACAUUGGAGAGUCUCUUGUCUCAUUAAUUUUUUUCGCAGAAGUUUCUGUUUUAGAAGACAUGAUUUCCUCGAUCAGUGGUCUUUUAGCUUGUGAUUGAAUUCUUGUUUCACGAUUUUCGAUUUUGUGUUGUUGUAAUUUGCCCAUGACCUGUAAAUAACAUUGUAAAUUGACCUGUAAAUAACCAUUGAGUUCAUUCAGUUUCGAAAACCAGGGAUACCUUGCGAUUCUUAAGAAUCACGUAAUCCUCUGAAUUUAAAACUCUAUUCAUCUUCAUUCCUACACCAUCCAUUAUAACUGAUAUUGUGAAUAAUAAGAAAUGUUUCCUCUGCUGACAUUUCUCAAAAUAUGUUACAUUAAUUGCAACAUCAUAUGUUAUACAAGGGGAACCCCCUGCAAUAUUAAUCAUAUAUCAAUCUUGCACGAAUAAAUGUGAUCUUUCUUU